UUCCUGCAGCCUAGCCAGAGACAAUUGGUUUACAUUCCAGAGAUACCAGGCUCCUGCACCAUGUCUGCUAACAGCUUUCCAGCCGCGUGUCAAACCGACCGAACUCUUAACGUAAAGCACCAUUUUCUUGAGUGAGAUAUCUGGGAAGGAGAAGCACGACGUUUUUGUUUUGUACAAGUAGUGGUGGUGAAAGACUGCCGCCGUAAGUGUUAGUGCCUGUGAGCUGCCGCCAUGUUUGGUACCUGACGCCCAGGCUCCCGGGCUGACGCAGGGAGAGGGCGGGGUGUCAGCUGACUGGGCCUUGCUCGUGGCGUGGCUUCAGCGCGCGUCGGCACCGAGCCUCAACGGAAACAACUUCGGAGAUCAGCAGCCGCCGGAGCGGUUACCGUUUUUUCCCCCCACUACAAACGGCACAGCUCACCUCUCACCCCCUCCAUCGCUGCCUGUGGAUGUUGCUGUCUCCUUGGGCCGAGUGUCAAGGGUGAAUCGAGCAGCGGCCUGGAGUUGGACUGGUGCCCCGACCAGACUCCUCCCCUCCCAGCUGCCGGCGGUCGCUCACAUUGACCCGGGAUCAAAGGAAAUUGCACCUUUUUUUCUUUCUGAUCGCAUGGUAGGGUUGUGCUAAGACGUCGCCAAAAUGAUGCCGAUGAUACUGACUGUGUACUUGAGUAACAAUGAACAGGGUUUAACUGAAGUCCCUAUAACCCCAGAAACAACAUGUAAAGAUGUAAUUGAAUUCUGUAAAGAGCCUGGUGAGAUCGGUUGCCAUUUGGCUGAGGUGUGGCGAGGAAAUGAACGUGCCAUUCCUUCUGACCAUAUGAUGUAUGAGCAUCUGCAGAAAUGGGGACCUCGUAGAGAAGAAGUAAAAUUCUUUCUCCGUCAUGAAGAUUCACCCAAUGAAAAUAUUGAACAAAGUGGACAUCAGUCUCAAGAUCAACUGAAUAGAUGGAAUGGAAUUCAUCUGUCUACAGAAAAGCGUUUUGAAAAUGGGGGUGGUAAUCCUCGGGUGGAGCUGACACUUUCAGAACUGCAAGAAAUGGCUUCCAGACAACAGCAUCAGAUUGAGGCCCAGCAGCAGAUGUUGGUUGCCAAGGAGCAGCGUUUGCGUUAUCUGAAACAACAAGAGCGGCGUCAGCAGCAGUCUAUUUCAGAAAGUGAAAAAUUACAAAAAUUGAAAGAACGUAUGGAGAGUCAGGAGGCAAAGUUGAAACGGAUACGAGCUAUGCGAGGACAGGUGGACUACAGUAAAAUUAUCAAUGGCAAUCUAUCAGCUGAAAUUGAGCACAUCAAUAAUAUGUUCCAUGAGAAACAACGUGAGUUGCAGUCGGCUGUAUUGAAAGUUGAUCAGUUAACACAGCAACUCGACGACUUGAGAAAAGGAAAAUCUAAUGGAUUGCAGUCUUAUAAUGGACAAGUGCCAGGACCUGCUGCAGUUGAAUUAAAGAAGCUAUACCAAGAGCUGCAGAUUCGCAACAAACUUAAUCAGGAGCAAAACACUAAACUUCAACAUCAAAAGGAACUGCUUAACAAGCGUAAUGUGGAAGUGACGAUGAUGGACAAAAGAAUUAGUGAACUUCGUGAACGUUUGUGGAAGAAGAAAUCUGAAUCACGUCAAAAGGAAAACAUCCCUCAGCUGAAUCGAAUUAAUGGCGCGCCAACAACACCAGCGCACUCUAACACCUCUGGUCGUGUGGCUGCCGUGGGACCCUACAUCCAAGUUUCUACUGCAGCUAGAUCAGAAAGUAACCAGUCAUCACCAGGAGAGAUCUUGAAACCUCAGUCACUGACCAUAUCUAGCAAUGGUGGCUAUGUGAUGUCUAGAGCAAAAUCUGGUCACGAUGGAAAUUGGCCAACACUCCCACAGGGCUCUGCUAUUACAGGGAAAUCACCUACAACAACAAACAAUGACUGGAAAGAAUCCAACAUGGAUACAGUUUUGAAACCAGGUGCUGGAUCAAGUCAGACCCUGUCCACUUCCUCAACUGUUUCAAACAAUGAGAAAAUGGUGGGUAUUGAAUCUGGAAAAGUACCAUCAUCUGUGCCCAGUGCAAUAAAGCAGCUGCCUCAAUCAUAUGGACCUCACUCAAAAUCUUCCCUCAUGACAAUUGGUUCUACAAAUUCUCUGGAAAGAAUGAAAGAGGGCACCCAGUCUCGGUCUAGUAUGGGUUCAGUCUCUAAUAUUACUUCAGCAAAUUGGCAGAGAGCUAUCCAGCCUUCGCAACCUGCAAGCACAUUUCAAGCUAGUGCCUCGCAACAGAUUCAGCAAAGAAUUACUGUGCCUCCAAGUCCUACUUAUCAGCCAGCUGCUUCACCACUGUUUUCUGCUGUAGAUAGCAGACCUGAUCCCCCGCUGGCUGUGGCUGUAAGGCCAUUCUUGACUGACAAAGGUUCUAGGCCUCAGUCUCCACGCAAAGGGCCUCAAACCGUGAAUUCCAGUUCGAUUUAUUCAAUGUAUCUUCAGCAAUCUACUCCACCAAAGAACUACCAACAGGCUACAUACAAUACCCUAAACAAAACACAUACUGUUAAAGCAAUGUAUGGGAAGCCAGUAUUGUCGUCUGGAUCAGGUUCGGCUUCACCAUCUCCUUUGCCUUUUACUCAUACUCAGCCUUUCCAAAGUUCUCAACCGCAGACCAGUGGUGAAAACCAAACUAGUAAUGAAAAGGAUUUAGAGCAUGAGAACUUGCCACCCACCAAUUCAAAUGUUGAAAACAUACCACGUCCUCUGAGUCCUACGAAAUUAUUGCCAAUUGUGCACUCACCAUUAAGGUAUCAAAGUGAUGCUGAUCUUGAAGCUCUAAGGAAAAAACUGGCACAUGCACCAAGACCUCUGAAGAAGCGCAGUUCUAUAACUGAGCCAGAAGGCCCAAGUGGACCAAAUAUACAGAAGUUGCUGUAUCAGCGUUUUAAUACACUAGCUGGGGGUAUGGAUAACAUGCCAUUUUAUCUCCCCAGUAACCAACAGGACUAUGUGGGUGCUUUAGCCGACGUUGAUAAUGGUAAUGCCAGCCUCGUAGAAUCAUCUGGUUCUGUGCAGCCUGAACCAACAACACAGCCUGAAGUUCGACCAUCAUCCGAUGCCAAUGAUAACCAGCUGCCUUCUCCUAAACAUUCUGACUUGAUUCAGACAGAUAACAAUGAGAUACCUGCUACAAUAGAGGACAAUAACAAUAAUCCUGCUGUUGUUCAAACGGAACAACUGCCAAGUCCUGUGCCAGAAAUCAUAUCACCAGAGGGAGAUGUUCCCCCACCACCUGCUGUGCCACUGCCGCUUCCUAUCAAACGUACAAAUUUGAAAAAACCUGAUUCAGAACGGACAGGUUGUGGGAUGCGGGUAAAAUUCGAUCCUCUUGCUUUACUCCUGGAUGCUUCUUUAGAAGGAGAAUUUGAUCUUGUGCAGCGCAUCAUUUAUGAGGUUAAUGAUCCCAGUAGACCUAAUGAUGAAGGGAUUACACCGUUACACAAUGCAGUAUGUGCUGGUCACCAUCACAUUGUGAAAUUCCUUGUUGAUUUUGGUGUAAAUGCAAACGCAGCAGACAGUGAUGGAUGGACACCAUUACACUGCGCUGCUUCCUGCAAUAGCGUUCAACUCUGUAAACUGCUUGUGGAAUCCGGUGCUGCUAUUUUUGCCACAACUAUCAGCGAUGUUGAAACAGCAGCAGAUAAAUGUGAGGAGAUGGAAGAAGGCUUUGUACAGUGCUCACAGUUUCUUUAUGGAGUACAAGAAAAAAUGGGUGUCAUGAACAAAGGUGUAGUUUAUGCUUUGUGGGACUAUGAGGCCAAGAAUAGUGAUGAAUUAUCGUUCCAUGAAGGCGAUCCUCUGACAAUCGUGAGGCGUAAGGAUGACAAUGAAACGGAUUGGUGGUGGGCUCGUUUGGAUGACAAGGAAGGCUAUGUUCCUCGCAAUCUGUUAGGGUUGUACCCUAGAAUAAAGCCCCGGCAGCGAUCUCUGGCUUAGGAAUAUUGGCGAGCUCUUAUAAUCAAAAUCUGGAACAGACACAAUGGAAGUGCUCCCCACCCAGAAGAGGAAGUAGAUAUUUACGUGCUGUAAUUUGGAUAUGCAGUAGUUCAUGGUGCUUUUUCUCUGAACAAAGUCACAUUACUACAUCUGAAAAACACACGUGUGUACUCUAGCACAACCUCAUUGUGCAUUCAAACGUGCACAUAUGCACACAUUUAGACCUGAACAGUCACACUACAAUGUGCACAAACAGGCCUGCACAUUUCUCUGUCUCUCUCUCACAGUCACUCAUGCACACACUUAAACACACACAAAACAGAGGAAGUGGUGUUAUUUGAAAACCACUUGACCUCAGUAUUGUUAGUAUGUGGCAUGCUUGGCUGGCAGUGGUGAUACGGGAAAUGUUUUAAUGCAACUUCUGUUGGUUUCAAGGAGGAAGUUAUAAUGAUUUAUUGAAAGGUAAUGUGGAUGGCCUAGCAGAGUUUGAUUUUGGUAUUGUGAUAAUUAAAGCUGUUAAAGGAUUAUAAAAAAUUAUGCUUGGACAUGAAAAUUUAAGUAACAUAGUAAUGCUGCAAGUGUGGGAUGACCAAGGAUUUUAGUAAGACAAGGUGCACUGUCUGAGUUGCUUGAAGUGAAGUGUAUGUGAUUAAUGGAGCAGUGGAUGUGUGAAUGAGCAGAGGAUAUUGUCAUCUAUUAAUCUGUGUAUUUUAUGGAAAUGAUGCAAUAACUUUCACCACACUUUGGUGCAAAACACUACAGCACUUCAUUAAAAUAAGUAUUCAAGUAUAUUUCUAUAUUGAAGAAUCCUUCAUUUAUUUUUUUCCAAUUACAUUUUUCUUUUUGAAAUAAUUCUAGGUGAACAUUCUAACAAAUGAUAAGUUUAUACAUGUAACAAAACAAUCUUUGGCUUGUUUACCAUGUUUCAUAUCUAACCUUUUCCUAACAAGCAGUUCUGUUAACUGAGCACAGGGUAGUAUUGAAUGUAAAUAUUGUGAUGUAUAAGAUAACAGUGGGCUAUAUUAUGUAUGACUAAGUGACUGAACUGUAACUUUUUCAUAGCUGAUAGUACUACACUGCUUAACAAAAGUGUUAUGUAAACGUAAACAAUAAAAUACAAUGGCA